GAUGCUGAAGAUAACUCGGGGCCAGCGGGAGCCGCAGCGAGUUUGAGGAAUUGGAGCGGGAUGCCUGAAGUUGGGAGAAAGCCAGCUUCCUCCUUCACAAAGAAGCCGCGGAGCGCAGUGUUCAACGUGGGCAGUGAUGCCACGUUCGCAGCGGAGACAGAGAAAGGGGUGGCGAAGGUGAGAUGGCAGCGGCAUGGUGCAGACAUGGCAGCGAGUGAGCGAUGGACCAUCGUUUCAGAGGGCACCAGGCACACCCUCACCAUCCAUUCAGUGAGCAGCCUUGACAGCGGAGUCUAUGCGGUCAUCGCCGGAAGUUCAAAGGUCAAAUUUGAGCUGAAGGUCAAGGAGCCAGCAGAUGGUGGAUGUGGCCCAUUACCUCCAGGUGAAGGAGAACAAAAACUGACAAGAGACACACAUGCAGCCUCCCCCACCGGGAAUGUUUCAGCAAACAGCAAGGCAGCAGCUGGAGUCCCGGGCGGAGAGAAGGUUCCAGAAUCACACAGCACAGAGCGGGAUCAGGAAGGGUGUGAUGGAGAGAAAGUUCCAGCUCCUUCUGGAACAGCUCUGAAGAGGGGCAGUGUCGUGGGGGCAUCUUUCCAAGAUGAUGUUCCCUUGUUUCUGGAGAGACCCCAGUCUGGGACAGUUACUGUCGGGUCGGACAUUAUCUUCACCAGCCGCGUCCAGGGCACCAACAUCCUGAGGAAGCCCACCGUGCGAUGGUUCAAAGGGAAAUGGAUGGACGUGUCCAGUAAAACCGGAGCUCACCUCCAGCUGAAGGAGACAUACGAUCGUAACAGCAAGGUCUACACGUUUGAGAUGCAUAUCAUACAGGCAAAAAGCAAUGACGCAGGGGGUUAUCGCUGUGAAGUGACUGACAAGGACCGGUUCGAUUGCUGCAACUUUGAAUUGACCGUUCACGAUGCUCCGGUGCAAGAGGAGGUGAACCUUUUGUCUCAGUUCAGACGCACGCCAUGGUGACUGAGAAGUGCUGGG